GUAGAAUCGACCCCCAAAUUCUCGACGGACAUUUCCAGCGCCAGGAACGCGCCAGGGAACACACGAACGUACUCACACAUCCUCUUUAAAUCCCGGCCAGAUUUGAACCCGACAGUCUUCGAGGGCUACCUACAGCGCCUAUCGCCGCUCCUGAGGCAGGCAUCCCGCUAUUAUGCGCUCCCUUCUUUAUACCCUCCUGUCGCUGGCGACAAUCGCAACAGUGUCAGCUGCCGACACCAGCGGAUCAGAAUCUACCGAUAACUGGGAGGCGGAUACCAUACCAGACACAAUCUUCAAUGGCCAGACAGUCCCGCCUAUGAAGGAGUUGACUCCAACAACAGUUAAGCAAGAGCUAGCCAACGGAAACUGGCUUCUCGAGUUCUUCUCACCGCACUGCCCUCACUGUACGCGUUUCAAACCUACGUGGCAGACGCUAUAUGAGUUCUACUAUACUUCUAAGACGAUCGCAUCAAAAGACCAGAGCGAAGGCGACUCGCUCAACUCGUUUACCCGCUACUAUGACUUUAAAUUUGCGAAAUUGGAUUGCUUAGCGUACCGCGACACUUGUGAGGAGUAUGACAUUCAAAGCUACCCACAGGUCAUCCACUUCAAGGAUGGAAAAGAGAUAAAGCGCGAGAAAGGUGCACAAGAUCUUGCGGACCUGAGCAAGUGGGUUGAGGAAAUCCUGGAGGCCGAGCGACCAGGAUCGCGCACUCAAGGCGGACCGAAGUUGCCCAAGGUUGGGGCCUCGUCUGUAGAGACAGGCCCCGCUAAGGAAGAGGAGGCCAAGAAGGCGCAGAGCUCUGUUCAAGUUGCAGCGCAGUCUUCUGCGACCAAAUCUACACCCACGCCGGCUGCAAAGGUCGAGAGCACGAAACCGAAGUUGAAUCUGAAUCCCUCCGGCAUUUCGGAGCCCCUAACAGCACAGUCGUUCCAGAAUCUUGUCACGAACACUCUGGACCCCUGGUUUGUGAAGUUCUACGCCCCAUGGUGUCACCAUUGCCAAGCGCUGCAGCCGAAUUGGGCACAGAUGGCUCGCCAAAUGCAAGGCAAGCUCAAUGUUGGUGAGGUCAACUGCGAUAUCGAGAAGAGACUUUGUAAAGAUGCUCGCGUCAAGGGAUACCCCACGCUCCUCUUCUUCCGUGGUGGAGAGCGUGUUGAAUACAACGGUCUUCGAGGUGUAGGAGAUUUGGUCGAUUAUGCCAAGAAUGCAGUCGAUGUUGGCUCUGGGGUCGUUGAUGUUGAUCUCAAGGCCUUUGAAAAGAUGGAGGAGACUGAAGAAGUCAUCUUUGUCUACUUUUACGAUCACGCGACCACCAGCGAGGACUUCAUGGCAUUGGAGCGCCUGACCUUGAGCCUGAUCGGCCACGCGAAGCUUGUUAAGACCGACGACGCAGAGAUGGCCAAGCGGUUCAAGGUCUCCAGAUGGCCACGCCUCGUAGUUUCUCGAGACGGCAAGGCGUCCUAUUACAGCGCUCUCGCACCCCAGGAUAUGCGCGAUUCACGCAAGGUCCUCAACUGGAUGAAGUCUGUCUGGCUCCCAAUCGUACCAGAAUUGACUUCUUCCAACGCCCGCGAAAUCAUGGACGGGAAAUUGGUUGUACUUGGUAUACUGAACCGCGAACAUUCGGACGAGUUCGCCAAUGCAAAGCGUGAAAUCAAGAAUGCCGCUCUAGAAUGGAUCGAAAAGCAAGAACACCUCUAUCAACUAGAGCGCCAGGAGCUCAGAGACGCUAAGCAGCUGCGUAUCGAAGAAGCCGAGGAUCGCGACGACCAGAGAGCCCUCCGGAACGCGAAAGCCAUCCGUAUUGAUAUGGAUGAGAUUGAACGUAAAUCUAUUGGAUUUGCAUGGGUUGAUGGCGUCUUCUGGGAACGUUGGAUUCAGACGACUUUUGGGGCUAACGUCAAGGAGGGAGAGAAGGUGAUCAUUAACGAUGAGGACAACAAGCGCUACUGGGACACUACCGUGACAGGUGAGCCUAUUCGCGUCUCCAGGAGUGCCAUCCUCGAGACAAUCAGUAAGGUUGCUUCUUCACCGCCGAAGAUACCAUCAAAAUCGACGACCGGCAGCAUCUCACGAUUCUUCUUCCGCCUGCGCGGAUUCGUCAGCGGCCACCCCUGGUUAGCAUUAGGAGUCGUCGUUGGCCUCGUACUGGGAGGCAGCAUGUUUGGAAGGAACAGGAUGAGGAGAAGGGCGUUCGGAAACACGGGCAACUACUUUACAUUGGACGAGAAACAUGGCCAUGGACUACUGGGCGUGAACGGAGUGGGAAAGAAGGAUUGAGCAAUGGCAUAUUGGUGAAGGAGGAACAUAUUUUGGCUUCCUCUGUAUGUUUUUCGAAUGUUUGUUUUCCGGGCAUUUUCUGGGGUAGGGAUAACUAAGGGACGGAAGGUUCUC